CAACUUGUAUGUACACAUAGUUAUAUGACCAAAUUUCGCUAAGACGUUACUAAGAUAAUGACUGAAAUUUACAAGACUUUUACAUGAAUGUUUUGAUUUAAGAAGAAUGGUUAUAUUCGCACGUGCUGACUGAUAGGUUUGGACUUUAAAAUGGACAAAUCUGUAGCACGAAAGCAUUGGAGCAAAGGUGCUGGUGAUAUCCAGUUGCCAACAAGAGUACAAGUUGCAAAACAAGAAGCUCCAUCUGGGUAUGAUGAUUAUUUACUACUGUUGCAACAGAGAAACAGAUUGAUGAAAAAGCUGACACAGAAAGAUGAUAAACAGAUAGAGUUAGAGAAGCGUGAACAAGGAUUUGCACUAUAUCUGAACGGUGCCAAUGCAGAUACAAGAGUACUACCUCCUACUAGUAAGACACCUUGCAUGACAGCUACCAAGACGCCUAGAAGCUGUAGGAAACCCAAGACAGCAGGAGAUGUACCAAGAAAUAAUUUUGUUGAUAGGUGCAGUUUAUUUGAUUUGGAAGAUGAUGGUACAAUCGACAAUUUUCGAGCAAAAACAGCACCAAGUAAAGUUCGAAGAAAAAAUUGGCAGCAGCAUUCCAUUGAAAUCAAGACAGACAGGGGAGAGAGACGAAGACUACAUGCACCUGUUUCUUAUCAUUACUCGGAAGAUUUUGAAGAUGGUGAUGAUUUGGUUGACAGUUUGGAUGAUGGAAUAGAUUCAAUUGAUUACGACGAUGAUUUCUAUGAUACUGAUAAAGAUGAUGGGCAACAGGCUGACAAAAACUAUGUUAUGUUGAGUGUUGAUGAUGUUAUAAAAUUACGUCAGAGCUUGGAGCUUAACUGCCAAAUUCGCGAUAGCAUUUCAAAGUAUAAAACGAAAUCUGCAAGUGAGGCAAUACCUGAAUGUACACAGAGUUUAGAAGAAGAUAUAGAAGAAGAUUUACAAGCCGAUAGUUUAGAAUGUAGUACUAUGUUAGCUCCAGAUGAUCUAUUUAUUUUAGAGUUGGGUUCAAAAGGGAAAACAAAUGAACAAAAUUCAACAACUAGAGCCAGAUAUGAAGAAAGUGAUUACAUUAUGCUGCAAAGUGAACCACCAAAAACUAAACUCAAAGGCAAUAAUGAAGCCAUGUCCCUGAGAUCACAGAAUAAAACGAAUAGGCUGUCUUUGGAUGUUGAUAAUUCACUGAAAGCUGAUGCUGUUAUAGCUGCCAUUAGAGCCGAAAAUGAAGGCUUAAAAAAAUUACAUAAACAAAUUCCGUCCAUUCCCGAAACCAGUGUUGAUAAAAGUACAGAAUCAUUAAACUCUACGCUUACUGAUGAUAGAUUAGAAGACAUCGUUAAAAAAGUAUCCGAGUUAGACAGCAAAUCACAGCAUAAGCUGGUAGAAACUUUACAUGCAAUAGAAGACUCCGCCAAUACUGAUUCUAAGUUAUCACCCCAACAUACG